GAGCUCCAAUCACCAGUUCCUUUUGCAAAAGCAGCCUCUGCAUUUUUGUCUGUCUGAAUGCUAGCACGGCGAAAAAGACUGAGGGGAAGAAAAAACUGAAGAAAUGUGAAAAUCCAGCCUAUACUUUCGAGGCGAGCGGAAGUCCGACGUAAAAGGAGUUAUCUGGGGACUCCAUUGCACUGCAAUAUCUUGGAUCAAAAUGCUCAUCGUGGAGAAGACUACUGACUACCCCUCUGAGGAGUUCUCCCUGGCGGAGGAUGCGGCCCAGCACUUUGCGCGUUUGAUGGACAGGCUGAACAAGCAGCGCCUGUUCCAGCCGGACCUGUGCGACGUGGACCUCGUGCUGGUGCGCCAGCGCAGUACAUUCCCUGCCCACAAGGGGGUGCUGGCCGCCCACAGCCCCUUCUUCCAGGCGCUCUUCACGCAGGGCAAGCAGCAGCAGCAGCAGUACCAGGAGUUGCGGCGCGUGGACCUGUCCCUGGAGGCACUCACCAGCCAGGGCCUCACCCAGAUCCUUAACUUCAUCUACACCUCCAGGCUGCUGGUGAGCGGCGGCACGGUGAGGGACGUGCUCAACGCCGCCACCUUGCUACAGAUGAGCGACAUUGCAGCCUCGUGCCACGAGCUCAUCGGCUGCCAAUCUCUGGGCCUUACACCGGCCGGCAUGGCCAAUCGGGAGGGCCGGGGAGAGCCAGGACUGACUGCGAGCCCCACCCAGCUGUACCGCGAGAUCAAACAGGAGGCGGAGCUCGGGAAGCUGUACACGCGAGAAGGGGGAAGUCCGUUUUCAGUGAGGGUGGAGGGUGGAGGGGGAGGGGGGAGAGCGCAACACCACAUGGCAGCACAGGUGCACCACGUCAGUCCAUUGGCCCAGGGCCACGGCUCAAGCCCGCAGGUCAAGCACUUCUUUAAGAAGGACGAGGUGGGAAAGGGCCUCUGUGGGAUGGAGGAUGGGCUGGAGACGGAGGGGGUGGGGCCUCACGACGGACACGCCUCCUUCAACCGCGACCAGAUAAUUGUGGAGGUGAACCUCAACAACCAGACGCUGAACGUGUCCAAGGGGUCGGAGGGCAAGAGCUGUUCCACGGAUGCCGCUGUUCUGCUGGGCCGCCGCCGCCACGACAACCGGCCCGAUUCGGAGGAGGAGGAAGAGGAGGAUGACAAUGACGCAGACGACGCAGAUAUUGGUGGAAGGGAGGAGGCCGAAAACCAGAAAGAUGCACUCUUGGCCAAUAGCAGUGAUGAUGACAAUGAUGACAAUGACGAAGACGACGAUUAUGAGGAAGAGGAAAACGACCAUAACAUUCCAGGGGACGAGAUGGGCGUGGCAGGGAGGCUGCGCCGUGGCACCAGGACCGCUGCAAUUGCGGCGGCAACCAUUUCCAUGCGCCAGAGAUUGGGUGAUGCCAUGCUGGCCGACCGACAGAAGGGGAGAAAGAGUGGGAAACAGGAACAGGAGAGCAUGGGACAGAAGGUGAGGCUGGAGGAGAAGCAGCACUUCCCCUGUAAGAAGUGCCCGCGCGUCUUCAACAACCGCUGGUACCUGGAGAAGCACAUGAAUGUGACGCACAACCGCAUGCAGAUCUGCACCAAGUGUGGCAAACGCUUCCUGCUGGAGAGUGAGCUGCUGCUGCAUCACCAGACCAACUGUGAGAAGAGCAUACAGUGUGUGACUUGCGGAAAAGCCUUCAAGAAGCUCUGGUCGCUGCACGAGCACAACAAGAUUGUGCAUGGUUACGCCGAGAAGAAAUUCUCCUGCGAGAUCUGUGAGAAGAAGUUCUACACCAUGGCUCACGUCCGGAAGCACAUGGUCGCCCACACUAAAGACAUGCCCUUCACAUGUGAGACCUGUGGAAAGUCCUUUAAGCGCAGCAUGUCUCUGAAGGUGCACUCCCUGCAACACUCUGGAGAGAAGCCCUUCAAAUGUGAGAACUGCAGCGAGCGCUUCCAGUAUAAGUACCAGCUGCGCUCCCACAUGAGCAUCCACAUCGGCCACAAGCAGUUCAUGUGCCAGUGGUGUGGAAAGGACUUCAACAUGAAGCAGUACUUCGACGAGCACAUGAAGACUCACACAGGAGAGAAGCCGUACAUUUGUGAGAUCUGUGGCAAGAGCUUCACCAGCCGGCCCAACAUGAAGCGGCACCGCCGCACGCACACUGGCGAGAAGCCAUACCCCUGCGACGUUUGCGGCCAGCGCUUCCGCUUCUCCAACAUGCUCAAGGCCCACAAGGAGAAGUGCUUCCGGGUCAGCAACCCCAUGCUCUCCGAGAGCAACCCUCUUGGCCUGGACUCAAUUGCUCCCCUUGGUGGUGACUCGGUGGAAGCGCAGCUGGCACUGCCCGCCCCAUCUGUGACCUCAGCUGGGGGGGGCACCUCCAGUCCCCUCCAUGGCACCCCCCUCACCCUGCCCCUCCUCCACUCCAUUGGGGGGCUGCACCCGCCCCCAAACCUGCCACCCCCGCCUCCCCUCUUCUCUGCAGGAAGGAUAAACUCUAGCAACAACUAGCUUACUAGCCACAACAGGCUAAUAUUCACAGUACAAGUAGCGUGUGAAAAUCCCUUGUUUUUUUUCCCUCGGUUUACUUUUUUUCUAACGUUACCUACAGUAGACCUCCAGGUCAGGUGGUCUUUCCCCAAAGAUAAGAGUCUUUGGUAACUACAGAACAUAACAACAAUAUAUUUUCAAAGGAAUUCAGAAACUGCUCAAGGAAGCACAGCUAUAUAUCUUCCAGGUGUUUAACUCCAAUACAUACACAGCAUAUUUUUACUAUAUACUAACAACCUAAGCUCCACAUACCCUUUAAAGGUCCUUACGUAUGUCUUACUCUCUUCUUUGUAAUCAUUCAUUGUCAUUUGCACAGCUUGUCUCUUUUUGCCAACAAGCUAAGCUUGUUUUUUGGUUAUAUUCUUCCCAUAAGCAACCAGAUGGUUUCAAAGAAACAAGUUGGGGAUUUGGUGACUUUCAGCAGUUGUGCACCUUAGGUAACCACAGGAAGAGCCAAAGGGGCGGUUUGUGGAAUGAAUGCUGGUUUUUCAGAUCAUGGUACUAGGCAUGCUUGUUUACCUCACCCACCCCCCCGCCCCACCCCACCCCUCAGACACAGAACGUCAGGAUCUGCCGGGUCUGCCGGUGGAGCUUCACUUCUCAUUUGACUGUUGUCGUCUGUCGUCGUCGUCGUCGUACCUCCAUCUCCGUCACUUCCAGUCAUGUCUGAGGAGGCCUGUGGGAGUUUCUCACUGGCCCCGCAGAGGAACCAUACAGGGAACAUGGUGAUGGGGGGGAAAAAAGGAACUUUGAAUGUGUCCUGAAUCUGAACUCUCACUCAGUGUCACCCAGACAUCACUCACACAUGGAGACGAGUGAAGACGGUAGACAGGAAUGGGUCCCGGCAGCCACCUUCAGCAUUUCAACAAUGAAGUAGCAGUGUCUGUUCUAUAGUGAUAACCAAAUUGUGAUUUGUCAGAACUUGUAUUCUGUAUAGGCCUACCGCAUUGCAAUAACCAAAUCCUGUGAGCUCGCCUACUACUACUUCUACAUAUAUGAUAUGACAUUUAUAAUCUACCCUGCACCUUAUUUUUAACCCUAGUGAUAUUUAUACUGUUCUUUAUUUGUGUUCUCGAGAGUUGAAUGACUUUUUGUAACAUUACGGUACAUUAUGCCAUGCUAAAGGCUUUGGAAAAGUUCUUUGAGGAACCCUGUGCAGUGCAUAGGUUAGAAUGGAAUUAUAUAUGUGUACGUGCGUGUUUGUGUGUGUGUGUGUGUGUGAGUGUGUGAGAAAGAGAGAGAGAGAGAGAGAGAGAGAAAGAAAGAAAGAAAGAGAGGAAAUGUGAAAAGGUCUUAUGGAGAGCAAGAGCUCCGCUUAAUCUGGUCAUGUGACCCUAAAAUAGCCAAUCACACGCUAGUGUUCCCCAGACAGGUUGGCAAAGAGAUUUCCUGUUCAGCCUAACUAUUGCCCCCAACUGAAUUUUGCUUAUGUUAAGCAAACUGUUUUGUUUCUACUCUGUUUUGUUGUUGUUAUAAAAAAUGGCACUUUGCUCAUGGCGUUAGCUUCUACAGAGCUGUGGGAGAAUCAGAACCAUGUGGAAUUAAUAAUUAACUAAUCAGAAAUGAGGUCUAUCCUCCUGUAAAAUCAUACUUAUGUUAGUAAUGUCAUACAUGGUCCCAAUCAGUGCCCAAUGAAGUAUUUUUAUCAUGGCCCUGAAUGUGUAAAGGGUGAUACAGCUGUCCUAUAGUGGUGACUGGUCUAAGAUCAUUUGUGUGUCUUCCACACAUUCAUAAGUCUGCCUCACACCAUUCUUCCAUUACUGUUCUUCAACGUAAUGAAAAGGUCCACAAAAGAAUGGCUGAAGAGAUCUAGCACUGAACAGGAACUCUGAGCGGUUGAGGGUUUUGAGGGAAACCCACAGUUUAUAGCUAGGCCCCCACUCUGGUCUAUGGACCCAUAACAAAAUCAUGUUAUAUAGCCACUCUGUGUCAAUAUUAUUUUCAGCCUUCACCUGUAUUUGAUGCCAUCUGAUGUAUGAAUUUAAACAGUAAUAUAUUCAAGUUGUGUGACCGACAAUUUCCCCCAGUAUUACACAUAUAUGGCAAGAUUCAAGUUUCAACAAGAGACUUAUUCCAUUAUGUGAGAAUCCCUAUGAAUUAUUUAAUUUCAAUUUAUUUUCAUUUCUGCAUUAUAAUGCAAUUCUUAAAAAGUCACAAUUGUCAAUUGCAGAUGUACUUUCAAGGAAAACAUUUGUUUUGAAACAAUUGAAACAUUUUGUUCUUUUAAAAGUUGUUUUGGAUUAGAAAAUGUGCAAUUUGGAUUUAUAGUGCACUUUUUACUGUUGUCACUGAGAUUCGAAAUGAGUGCUUUAAACCAAAUGUGGGCAAUUGCCAGCAAAUAACCUGUAGAGACUUAAGGUUUAUGGAAAAAGUUUAAUUCUGAAUAUUGGACUAGAAAAGAAGCAAUGUUUACUCUGGGUGAAAUAUUGUAUAGCACUAUAGAAAUAUAUUGUAAAUGUAUAAUGUUCCUAUCAUUUCUGGUAUGACCAGCCCCCAUGUCUAUGUGUACCGAGAGGAAGUAGAAUGGAGUUCUCCAAAUUGGCUAAUGCAGAAGAAAGACUUUGAAAGUCGUGGAUAAGCUGUUGUAUCUGUUACACUAAGCUGUGCUGUGUUUCCUUUCUUACAUGGAAAGCCUAGGCACCUUAUCAUACUAAAUAUGAUGGACAAGCUUAUAUGUCCCAGCUACUUUAAAGAUGGACAGAAGUGUGUUUAAUUAUUGGAAUUUGGUUAGUUAGUGAUUACCAAAUUUUUCUUCACCAUGGUACUUUUUAUUUUUUUAUUUUAGUUGAUUGGUUUGUUUUUUUGCGUCCAUUGCCAAUGUAAUCGUCCUUAGAUAUUUGUAAGGUUCGCUGCAGGGGACGGUUUGAAUGGUCCCUUGUAUGAAACUGUAGAUGCUUCACGUAUUAUGUUAUGUACUCAAUAGGACACCACACUUAUAAUUCAUCAAGUGACACAUCAUCUGUUCAUAGGUCUCCUGUCCUAUAUUUGUAUUACAAUGAAGGUUCCUGUUCCAAUGUGAUAUAUCGCUAAUUGUAGCUAUACCCACAUACAGCAUCCACUGUCCAUUCCAGCCAGUCCAUUCCAGUGUCAUUGUUCUGUGCUCAAAGCACCCCUUUGGAUAGGUAAUGCGGUCUAAAUGCUUGAUGUCUGCUGGAAGUUCUGAAUUGGUCAUAAUAUUUUAGAAAGAGACAGGAGGGCUGACCUUGACAUGCCACGCACUUUCACGAGUCAUUGUAGAUUACUACAACCCUUCGGUAUUCAUAGCCAGUCCUUCUUCUGACAGUAAAGUAAACAGUAGGACUUGAUAGAGAAGUGGUCAUAGGAUUAGAUCUAGUUUGGUUUCAUUUUAGGAGAACCCCUUAUGUAUGUAGUACCACAAGCUUGAAGUACCUCAGAGUGGUGUUGUGUUGAGACUGUAGGGGGUGUCUGUCAGUUUGGUACUUAAGUCUUACCUAAUGUUGCCUUAAGUGUCCGUAAGGAGUGGCUAUGCCCUUAUAGUGAAUGUUUUGGUUAAAAAAAAAAAGCUAAAGGUGAUGGAUGUUUGAUAAUCGACUUAGAGGGAGCGGUGACGGUGUGUCUAAUAAGCUCAGCACUUUGGUUUAGACUAUCACAAUGGUUGUAAUGGGUAAAAGAGGUAGAUUAUUUUGACAUGUGGAGGAGUCUGUUGCAAUAAAUGUUUAGUGCCAGGAGUGAGGCCUGGAGAGCAUACUGGGAGUGUGUGGACCCUUCCCACAACUUGUUGUAAAAUUUUCUUUGUUGUUUUGUCAUUCCGUAUAUUUCUUAAAGCACCUUAUUUUAUAUUGGUUGUCAUUUGAGUGUUUUUUUAUUUUAUCCCUAUUUUUUUUUUUUUUCACAGACUUGUUGGGAGCUCCCAAAACGAUUUAAGUAGAUCAGUCAAAGAAUAGUUAGUACAUGCUGGGGAGACUGGGAGUAUGCACUGUUGAACAAGAAUCCAAAUAGUUUUUGAAGUUCCUCAGUUUCAUAGGAGUUAGGGAGAGCAAGAGGCACUUGAUUUUGGUCUUACUAACUAAACUAAAAAUGAAGCUUUUCAUUUUCAGAAGCACUUUAUAGAGUUUGGGAUUUUUGCAUCUUUGGAGGGUUUGCAUUAGAGAUGAUAGAAUAUAGAAUAGUAAUACAUCUGUUCUUCCUGAACUCCAAACAUGAAAAGGUAUUGCACCUUAUUAAGCUCCACAUAAAAUAUGUUUGCAGUUUCAGUGCUAAUGGUUGCUACUCUCUAAGCAUCGUCAGUUGAGUAUUUUUCUUUUCUUUAUGUCUCAGAGCACAUGACCAAAUCAUAGUUUGAGUUUCAAUGAGAAUAUGGUUCGAAAUGACUGUUGAUGUCGUAGCUUCUUAACGGAGGGUAUAAGACCGAAUAUGUACUUAGGUUUUGAUUGUGCUUGGGCAUAAACAUGUUUGUUUUGCCCAAGACAUAUAUUGAUUGUGCUUAAGGGUUAAAUGGUGUUAGUGUAUAUUAGCGCACUGUAUCUUUUUUCUCACAAAGUGAGUGUGGACUUAUAGUUCCUGAUUUGCUGCUAGUGGGUCAAGGGUCGUGGUGUUGUGGCCUUGGAUUCAGAGGUUCAUUCUUUUGAAUAUGAACCUUGGUGAAUUUGAAAGAUGUAAUGUACAGAAGGUCAUUCAUGCGUAUGUUGAGAUAAUAUUUUAAUAAUGGAACUGAAAUUGGUUUCUUCUGUUUAAGUUGGUUUUCUCAAGACAGGUGGAUUUGCACACUAAACCUUGGGUCACAAUGUGUAGUCAUUCGUACCUUUUUGGAAGAAGCCUGCUUAUUGCAUAGUAUCUAUGGCAACUGAUUUGAAAUCGGAAUCAGUGAUAUAAUCCAUUUUGUUUUAGCGCUUCAAAAAUCAAAAGGUUCCAAACAUCAUAUACCCUAUGUACCUGUCCUUCUAACGUAGUAAGCCAAUCAUGUGUGUAGCUGUCCUUAUGUUUAACUCUGUACUUUAAUAUAUAAACCCAAUGUAGUUAACUUAGUUAACUCCAGUGUACAAACAACACGUGUAGACAGUAGCUGUGUUGGUUAUAUGAAAGAGAAUACUAAAACAAUACCAAGACAAUAGUUUCUAGAGGUGCCAUUAACAUAAUAGACUGUAUUUUCUGUCAUUUAUCGUAUUGGUUAGUGUUUACUGUCUGUAACACGCGCAAGCUAAAUAAACAGAUAAUUUCAAUAGCGGACUAAACCAUUUAUGUCAAAUGGAUUUAUUGUGUUUUAUUUCUCUGUGCAAUGUGUAGUUACCGCACCAGAUUAUUAACAUGCACCCCCAAUGAAUUCUCAUGGUGGCCCCUGACUGUCCAUACUGACUCUAAAAGGGAUUAUUGGGCAUUAAUGGGCAAUACUGCUUUUUGUUUACAAGAUCAAAAUGACAAUUGUAAAUGGUUCUGUAUUGCCCUGUUUGAUUGUUAUUGUGUGAAUGAUUUUUUUCUCAACUAUUGUCAGUGGGACAUCGCUCAAUGGAAUGGAGAACUUAAAAUGUAAUUUUACAAUGUGGUCCGAUUUAUGUGUAAGAUAUUGAUAUAGGUUGUUUUGUGACAUGCUGCAAACCUGGCCAUACAAAUACAGUAUUUGCCUAUUCAUCAA